CAGAAGGCGUGGGGCUUUGAUGAUCGUCGCUUUUCCGACGAGGUCGGAGGGUUUGCCACCGGGGAUCUCUGGAUGGAAUAUGGACGAUCGUCCAAUGUGCAUUGCCUCUUGGAAACACUUGUUCGAUUCCCUGUCACACUACGAUAGGGUGUGCCAUCCGGAUCUCAAAGGCUGCGGGGCUCGAACUGAGGCGAGCUGAUUUGGUCGAAGUCUGCACACCUCCCGUAUUCAAGUUGGCGAAUCGUAGCAUUGAUGGACGGAUCUGCCAACUUUGAAAUCACCAUGGUUCAAUGUUUCACUCACGUCAUACCUACGCGGAGUGGCAACCCGCAAACCUACCAAAGCGGGGGAAUGUUUGAUAUAAAAGACGACCUCGUUUGUCUUCCCCUCAUCAACCGCACACCCUCACGGUUGCUGUGAGGAAGCUCAGCGAUGGAUUUCGUAAAUAAACUUGGGGGCCAGGGUAAGAGCGAAAAUCAGGGCGGCAGCUCCGGUGGAGAAGGCGGCAUGUUCUCGGGUAUAGGUGACAAGCUCAAUGCCGCAGCCGGAGGUGGCCGCGAGAGCGAGAAGAGUGAAGAUAUGCUCGACAAAGGGGUCGACUUUCUUCAGGAACGAUUCAUGGGCCAGGGAAAGCAGGAUAACGAAAGCGCAGUUGAACAAGCCAAGGAUGAACAGAUCUCGGAUUUUAUCCGGGGCCAGUACAAAUCGGUUGCAGGAUCGGAUUUACCCAUCAAGGAUAAAGAUACCAAGCUGGGAUAGAUGGGCCUACUAUAGAUGAAGGCGACAACAUACAUAUGUUGGAUGGAUAUGCCUUACAUUGAUGACACGCAUGUCCAACCAUUUCCUACAAUUUUCGGGGGAUAGCUCUUGCAGGAUUGACCUAUGUGUUUUAUCCUUUACCUCAGGAUUGGGCUCUUGGUUGACUCUCAGCUCUUCUUGGCAAACUUUGCCAGACAAAAUGCAAAUUGUAUUUAACUGAAGCUGCGCCUUGCUUCAUC